AUGAAAGCCUCAUUUAAGUUGAAGAAGCGGGAUCCGAUAUUGGGGUUUUUUGUGCGGGCGGCUAAGUCUUACCGUCUAGCAGAGUUCAAUCGUUAUUUCUCCAUGAUAAACAACGAGCGAGUGCAAACUUAUCUAGUACGUGCAGGGCUCCAUAAGUGGUCUCGAGCCCAUUGUGAUGGACGACGAUAUAAUGUCAUGACAACUAAUAUUGCAGAGUCCAUUAAUUCAGUUCUUCGUUUUGCAAGGAUGCUUCCGGUGGUACACUUGAUCGAGGAAAUUAGGAAUAUGCUUCAGAAUUGGUUUAGUCAACGUCGAGAUUUGUCAAUGAAAUGUAAAUCUAUGUUGUGCCCUGAUUUAGGUGAAAAGAAGUUGAGGAAGAGAUUAGACGCUGCUUCGAGGAUGAAUGUGGUUAAAAUCAAUGAUAUGGAGUAUAAUGUGCUUGAUGGUGAUAUGAACGGUCUCGUGCACUUGCAAAACUAUAGUUGUACGUGUAGGAAGUUUGACUUAGAGCAACUCCCGUGCAAGCAUGCUAUUGUGGUAUGUUGGCACUUGAAAUUGAACCCAUACUUAUUUGCCUCUUCGUAUUACACUCGAGCUACAUGGGCAGCUGCAUAUGCUGAAUCCAUUUAUCCUGUACCACCUCAAGGGACAUGGGUUAUUCCCGAAAAUGUCCAAAAUGGAAAUCUCCUCCCUCCUAUUUCAAAGGUUAUGACGGGCCGUCGUAAGACGCAAAGAAUACCUUCUAAAGGAGAGGACUCGCGAGAAAGAAAAUGCUCAAGGUGCGGUGUGAAGGGCCAUUAUCGAAGUACAUGCAAAGAAGCUAUUCCCGUCACUAACAAGAAGCAGAUCAUUUAA